UUUGAUUGAUAGAACAGGAUUAAUAGUUGCAGACAACUCACAAGUUCACCCGGUUAGUAAAGAUAGCUCGGUUAAAAGAGAUUAUUAUGGUUCAACCACAGUCACUAAACAAAAGCAAACCAGUAAUAUGGGUACAAAUACACAGACAGAUACAGUGUCACCUGUGAAACAUGACAUGAUCAGUUACCAGUCUCCAGAUGGUACCAUCAGUAACAGGUUACCACCUGCCAAUGGUGGCAAAAAUGCCAUGUGGAACAUGACCUUGUCCCAACUCAAUUAUGCGAAUGAGUACACAUCUAGGGGUCUCCCUCAUCCAGAAGUGGUUUGGUCCAGACUUGAUGCUAAGCAACAAGAAUUAGCCAAUCAAGAAAGUGUUGUAAAUUUCUCAGCCAAUCGUAAGCUAGUUCAGCCAGCCAAUCAGAACAUGACUAUUAGCUCGGCUUAUUCAAUGGAAGACUCUCCAGAAAACCAUGUGACCAGCAGUCAAAAUCAUCUUGUCACAGAAACAGCAUAAUCAUUUUGUAAAUAAUUCUCAGAUAAUAAAUCUUCAUUGAGUAUAGUGUGUAAAGGGAUAUAUUGUAGUGUGAAAUCUUGUCUUUCUUUAACUUGACUGUAAUUAUUGACUGUAAUUAUUACUUGAUAGUUAAUUUAACUGUAAUUAUUACUUGAUAGAAUUGUCCUUACUCAAAUUUAGUUGUUUUCCUCCUUAAUUUUAUUAGAUAACUGGAUAUAUGAGAACUGUCCCAAUAAGUUAUGGACAACAAGGUUUUGAGCAUGCAUAAUGUUAAAAUACCACUGAUAUCUAAUAUGCCUUUUGUUGAGAGUAUUUGCAAACAAUCAACCUGAUAUUGUUAAAUUUGAUCACACAGAACUACAAGAUUACCUGGUAAUGUGAUGUGGUCCACACUGAAACGUCAUAUUAAUAUUAUAUGUGAUGUUAAGCCAAUAUUUGUCUUUUUCAAAUUGUCAAAAUAUUCACCCCUGUUAAAGGUACUUGUUCAAUAUUCAAUUAUUCAAUAUUGAGCAACCCUCUUUUCGUAGACAAGUACAAAAAUUGUCCUUCAAAGUAAUAUUCACAGUAGAUUUUCCACCAUCUAAAACUUCUGACGUGUUGCGAACUGUUCAACAGCUGUCUUAAAUAACGUUCUCAACUGUGUUCACUUACUGUUAAUGAUUGCUUGACUGCUGGCAUCCCAUUUUUGCUACUUCAUUGUAACUUGUUGCAUAAUUUUAUCACAUAUGCGUAUCAGUUGGUGCCAUUUCACAUUCAUAGCAGAAAUUGUGAACUGCCUGCUUGUUAGAAGCUUUGCCAAACAUUACCAUUAAUAUUGUGCUUUUAUGAACACAACAUAAUGUAUAUAUAUAGUAAAACAAUCACUGUAAACAUGUUGUGCAUGUUGAGUUAAAUUGCGCCAUAUGACAAAUGGUAAAUUCCAAUGUCAUAGCAAUUGGUGGAUUUUUUUUAACAUUCACAACCUUUUGUAAUGUUUUCAAGAUAAUGAGUUGGGUUUGUAAAAUGACAAGUUUUGGUGUGGGCUGCAUACACAUUCCUUGGAUGUGUAUUGAUGCUUUUAGUAUAUUAUAAUAUAUUGUAUAUGAUCUUGUAAUAUUUUUUAUUCGACAUAAACCGAUGGAUAAAUAUGUAUGCAAAAUUAAUCUAGGUUCAGGCAUUAUUUUUUUGUUACACAGCCAUGUCCAUUACUUUUUGAGACAGUUCUUGUACUAUAUGUUAAAUUAGAUUCAUAGUAAAACUGAUGUAACUUGUACAAUAAGUUAAUUUAUUAUGAGUGUAACAUUGAUAUGAUGACUAGAUUACUUCAAAGAGGUAUUUUAUUUGAAAUCAUGACAUUUUUAAAGUUGUUCAGUAAAUAUAGAUUUUAAUAUGAUCAAGUAAGAAAACAUUUUGAACCUUUGGUAGUAAAGGGUAUUUUUUGUAUUUGUGUUAAAUGUUAACAGGUGCAAUAAUGAUGUUGACUGUAAACCAGAUAAGGUAUCUUUGAAGUAAAAGUAAGGUCAUAUCUUCUUAUUAAAAUAAUUUGUUGAAAUAUUUUAUCUGCUCAAAGUAGAAAUCCAUAAAAACAGUGAUUUUAUAUCUGCAUGUUUUUAUUUUAAGUGUGAAAUACUUCAACCAAUCUGUGAGCUAUUUCCAGUUGUUGAUAUUCCUCUAUUAUAUGAGCCGUGUCAUGACAAAACCAACAUAAUGCGUUUGCGACCAGCAUGGAUCCAGACCAGCCUGUGCAUCCGCGCAGUCUGAUCAGGAUCCAUGCUGUUCGCUUACCAACCCUAUUACAAGAAGAGAAACUGAUAGCGAACAGCAUGGAUCCUGAUCAGACUGCGCAGAUGCGCAGGCUGGUCUGGAUCCAUGCUGGUCGCAAACACACUAUGUUGGUGUUGUCAUGACACGGCUCAAUUAUGUUUAUUGUUAUUUUAUAUUGUUCAAUUAAGACGGGACCAUGAUCAAUGCAAAAAGUGUUGAAACCUUAGUCAGUAUUUUUUAUCAUGUACAAAAGUUAUUUUAUGAAAAGUUUGGCUUUAAAUAAAUUCACAUAUACACACUGCUUUAUCUCGAAAAUGAUGCGUAAAAAAUCAUGUCAUGUAAUUUAAUGUAACAAUACUAUACUUCAUAAUAUUAUCAUAUGGGCAUUUUACCAUUCUUAAUCAAAUUGAAAAAUAAAAAGCUGUCAUAAAAUUAGCGGUAAAGUUUUUGUAGUUGAUUUUUGAAAUGGAAAUAAUACAAGUUUUAGCAAACUACAAAAUUGUGAAAAUGUGAGAUAUAAUUUAGGAAAAAUUGUUUUACAUAAAGACUGUUUAUAAGCACUCUAUAUUAGAAGGAACAAAAAUUUGGUAAAUGAUUUUAUGUAAUUGUUAAAAAAGAGUAUAUGGUUGAAAUACAAAUUGUUGUAAAAAGUACAAGGUAAUUGAUGUUGUGAAAUAUCAAGUUUGACAUAUGAAUUUAUAUGUUUACAUCUGUAAAUUUUUGACGGAUAAAGAAUUUUUGUAAAUUCUAUCGCAAAGAGUUUAUCAGUGUGUAAACUUAUAGCCCUUAAUUCUUUAUACAUACAUACAUAAAUUUAUAGACAUACUUUCUGAAAUUUAUGGAAAAAAUGGCAUAAUUCAGAGAUUUUAUUCUCCAUAUGUCACCUCAGUGCAGUAAUGGAUUAACUCCAAUUAAAUUUCAAUAGGAGUUAAGCCGUUAAUGCUCCAUAAGGUGACGAUAUACUAAUCAUAAAGUAAUAUGUUGAGAAACGUUAAUUGGUAGUAUAAUAAAUGAUGAUGAUGUUGUAUGGAAACAUGUAUAUAAGAUGUUUGGUAUAUUAGAGUAUAAUAUGAUAUUGUUAUUGGGCUUCUUGUGAUAUUACCCCUGUUGUUGUCAUUGUUUGCUGUACAGAAAACAGCUGUAUCUUUCUCACAUCUCAUAAAUGUCUUCUUUUUAUUAUUAUUAUUAUCAAUUUAUAGAUAUAAUGUACAUGAACAUCCUCGCAGAAAUGUUGGUAUAAUUGAAUUAUUGUUUACCUUAUAAAUAUAAAUAACAGAAAUGUUGGUAAAUUGGUGUCAUCGUUUAUUUCCAAUAUAUAUGUAAUAAUGUAUAUGCUUGUUAUAGCAUUAAUUCAGUUGUUUAUUUACAUGUAUAUAUGUUGACUGUUUCAUUAGAAAGGUAUUUCAAUCAUUUGGAACAAGUAUGUUGAUGUACUAGAGAUGGUCCUGUACUUUUAUAGAAAAAUAAUUUAUAAGAAAUGAAGGUAUCAAAUGAAAAGAGCAAAUAACCAGUCUAUAAUACUCUAUAUAGUAUAUUUAGUAACAAGAAGCAAUAUUGUCACUGUAUUGGUUUUAAAUUUUUACAACAGCAUUGACAGAAGGGUUAAAGAUGCAAGUUAUUUAAAAAAAUGUAAGGUGGUGGGUCUUAGCUUGAUUUGUUAAUUAGAUAAAAACAAAUGUAAAAAUGUUAUUACUAUAAACAAAUACCUACCAGUAAUGUAUGUACAUGUAGUAAAUGAAAGACCAAUGUGUUAUUAUGACUGUUGAACAGUACUAACAGAGAAAAGCUAAGUGAUAAAAAGAUCUUUAAUUAACAUAUUGACUUGUAAGAUAUAAAUAUUUGUGGUAUUUUGAUGAAGUUUCGGAAAAUUUUAUUUUGUUCUUGUCCUCGUUUAUGAUAUUUUUUAGCUCACCUGUCACUUUGUGACAGGGUGAGCUUUUGUGAUCGCUUUUCGUCCGGCGUCCGUCCGUCCGUCCGUCGUCCGUCAUCCGUAAACUUUUACUUUAAACGACAUCUCCUCAUAAACCGCUGAGCCAAUUUCAUCCAAACUUCACAGGAAUGUUCCUUUGGUGGUCACCUUUGAAAAUUGUUCAAAGAAUUUAAUUCCAUGCAGAACUCUGGUUGCCAUGGCAACCAAAAGAAAAAUCUUUAAAUAUCUUCUUUUAAACAAUCCUAAGAGCUAGAGCUAAGAUAUUUGGCAUGAGACAUCUUCUAGUGAGUGUCUACCAAGUUUGUUCAAAUAAAAGCCCUGGGGUCAAAAUUGGCCCCGCCCCGGGGGGUCAUUGAUUUACCCUAUAUGCAUAUAGUAAAAACUUAAAAAAUCUUCUUUUAAAGAACCGUAAGAGCUAGAGCUUAGAUAUUUGGCAUGAAACAUCUUCUGGUGAAUGUCUACCAAGUUUGUUCAAAUAAAAGCCCUGGGGUCAAAAUUGGCCCCGCCCCAGGGGGUCAUUGAUUUUCCCUAUAUGCAUAUAGUAAAACUUAAAAAAUCUUCUUUUAAAGAACCCAAAGAGCUAGAGCUAAGAUAUUAAGCAUGAAACAUCUUCUAGUGAGUGUCUACCAAGUUUGUUCAAAUUAAAGCCCUGGGGUCAAAAUUGACCCGCCCCGGGGGUCAUUGAUUUUCCCUAUAUGCAUAUAGUAAAAACUUAAAAAUCUUCUUUUAAAGAACCAUAAGAGCUAGAGCUUAGAUAUUUGGCAUGAAAUGUCUUCUAGUGAAUGUCUACCAAGUAUGUUCAAAUAAAAGCCCUGGGGUCAAAAUUGAUCCCGCCCCAGGGGGUCAUAGAUUUUCCCUAUAUGCAUAUAGUAAAAACUUUAAAAAUCUUCUUUUAAAGAACCCAAAGAGCUAGAGCUAAGAUAUUUAGCAUGAAACAUCUUCUAAUGAGUGUCUACCAAAUUUUUUCAAAUAAAAGCCCUGGGGUCAAAAUUGGCCCCGCCCCGGGGGGUCAUUGAUUUUUCCUAUAUGCAUAUAGUAAAAACUUAAAAAAUCUUCUUUUAAAGAACUCAAAGAGCUAGAGCUAAGAUAUUUAGCAUGAAACAUGUUCUAAUGGGUGUCUACCAAGUAUGUUCAAAUAAAAGCCCUGGGGUCAAAACUGGCCCCGCCCGGGGGGUCAAUUAUUUUUCCUUAUAUGUGUAUAGCAAAAACUUAAAAAUCUUCUUUGAAAAAACCCAAAUAGCUAGAGUUUAGAUAUUAAGCAUGAAACAUCUUUAAGUAAAUAUCUACAAAGUUUGUUCAAAUAAAAGCCUGGGGGUCAAAACUGGCCCUGCCCCAGGGCUGUCAUUGUUUUUAACUAUAUGUGUAUAGUAAAAACUUUAAAAAUGUUUUUUUUAAAAACCCAAUGAGCUAGAACUUAGAUGUUUAGCAUGAAACAUCUUCUUAGAGGUGUCUACCAAGUCUGUUCAAAUAAACAAAUAAAAGCCCAUGGGUAAAAAUUGGCCCGGGGGUGGGGGGCCUAUAUACAGGUGAGCGACCUCAGGGCCAUCAUGGCCCUCUUGUUUUUGUUUUGUUUUUAAAUCAUAAAUGUUUUAAAUAUUUUGAUGAUACAAUUAGUAAAUACUAUCAGGUAUUUAUAUACAUGUAAAUACUGACCAUGUUGUUUAUCAUCAAUCAUCUUAUAAUGUUGCAUUAUUCAUGUGCCAUGAUAUUUGUGAUGAAACAUUCCGUAGUUUUUGGUGUGAAUGCUACUUUGUAACUUUUUGACACAUUUUUACAUUGUUUCAGAAAAUGUGUGGCAUUAUAUUAUUACAAAUUUAACAGGGCAUGUUGUUAAUGUAUUACAAAAAAUGAUUAUCAAUUAUUAUCCCAAUUUUUCCUUACUGUAACAAACACUUUGGUAUUAACACAAUCUUCCGUUUUUGUUUAUAUAGUUGUAGGAUACAACUAAACUAAAAAUAUACUUAGGGUAUCCCAUGUUAUUGUAUGUGAUAGUGUAAAUGUUUAUCACAAAGGUUAAAAUUCGACAAACCGUUGUACUAGAACAAAAAGACAAGAUAAUUACAAAUAUGCUUGCUUCAUUAAAUAAUGUGAUAAAGCUUUUUUUGGGCUGCUGUCGGUGAUUCUAUUCUUAGAUAAAAAGAAUCAUUUAUGAAAUAUAAUUGAUAUUUAGAAGAAAAAGUAAAAUAAAACAAUUAUCUUUGAGACAGUGUUUCAUCUAAAGUUUUUCUUUACUUUUUCAUUCUUUUGGAAAGAAAAACAUUUGAUUCAGUUAAAAAAAACCUACUGUUACACUACCAUGUUUAAAUACAUUGUAGACAUAAAUAAUUGCUUAUAUUUAAAUUUACAAUUUUAUUAAAAAGAAGUGUUACUAUAAAAAUCAUUCUGAGAUGAUGAAUACCUCUUUGUUAAAACAGGGUGUGUUUAUGAUCAUGAAUUGUUGUAAGAACUACUUGUAUUAUCAUUUAUGUUGUAUUAAUAUGGUAUAUCAGAGGUACAUGCUUACAUGUUUUUUCUGGAGUGAUCAUUUCUUUGUUAACGAUUUUUUAUUUGAUUCCACAUUAUAAGUUAAGCAUUAGGAAGGUUAUUUGAAAAUUGAAGAGUAAACAGUGUACAUGUAUGUAUAAAUGUAGGGUUUUGCUCGACACUACUUUUUAUCAGUCAAGUUACAUCAAUUGAUAAGAUGGCUUUUGUUGAGUAGAUUUUUAUUAAGACGCUUAAAAUGUUAUUCAUGUUACGUUCAUAGUGUUGAAAGAAAUUGUAAAUGAAAAUUUGCCUAGAAAAAAAAAUCUUUUCGUCAAAAUAACAGCAUUGAGAAAGAUCUUUUAACGUACAAAACUGUAUGAACUUGUAUCAAUAAAUCCAUUCUAAUGUAUUUGAAGUGCUAAUGAAAUUGAAAAUAAGUUUUCUAUAUAACUGUGUAUAGAUAAGUGUUUAAUGUACCGAUAAACAGUUUAUAUGGCAUUUUAUAGGACUAUUCAAAAUCAUUUUGUAAAAGAAAUCAGUACCUAAGUAACUAGUCAGUUUGUAAUUAUUUUUUAUUCACCAUUUGAAUAUUAUAUUCAGUUUUGUCUACAUUUUGAAUUUGUAUUAUGGUUUUACAUUAUUUUCAUUUAUUUAUUUGCAGUCAUUCUAUUUUAUCAUUGCACUCAUUUGUAUCGUAUCAUCAGUUAGGAAAUAAAUAACAUGGGGAAGUAACCCAACAUAUUAUUCUGAUUUUCAUUAAACAUUUAUGAUCUCCCCUUGCAGCAAUUUGUUUGUC